CCCCCCAAAAAAUCCAGCGCGCCUCACGUUGCAUGGGUCCCCGGUUAUUGAUAACACAAUUUACCCGCUGGGAUACAUCCCAGUAACGUGAAACUCGUGGAUAUCGGCGCUGGAAAUACUAAAGACACCACGGACCGAAUGAAAAACAACGAUCUGCUCAUUAUCGCCGGCAAAUAGAAAGCCGAGCCCACCCCUUCACUUGACAACGCGACAUCAACCAGGCAGAAAGGCUUUCUUCUCAUCUGUCCACCCUCCAUCCACCCUGACCUGCUGUGUUGGGGAAACCCCUGAUGAGUGGGACCUGUAUCCAUGAGCCCCGCGCCCCUUCCCCCUCCCUGUCAGGCUUCAGUACCCCCAUCUCAGAACCCCCCUAUCGAAGACUCGAUGGAGACACCCCUGCCUGCACCCCCGAAACUGACCUGACCCCCACACAGUGUGUCCUUCGUAACGUAUUGUCCAUUGACACCAGUGGACAGGGGGUACCCGGCGGCAGCAGCCCAACUCCCAGUGAUGGACCCUCAGCCCACUUUGACAACAGCGUGCUAAAACUACAUGAACAUGAGGCCUGCCAGUGUGGCGGCGGGGCUGAGGCGGGCCACAGUCCGGAGGCUGGCGCUGUACGGAGCCAGUCAGAGAACAUUCGCCUACAAUCAGGAAGUGGAGGUUUUUUGGAGGGACUGUUUGGCUGCCUGAAACCAGUCUGGACCAUGAUUGGAAAGGCCUACUCUACUGAACACAAACACAAUCAAGAAGAGUCUUGGGAGGUUCCUUUUGAGGAAAUCUCUGACCUGCAGUGGGUGGGCAGUGGCGCACAGGGGGCCGUCUUCCUUGGCAAGUUCCACGGAGAAGAAGUGGCUGUGAAGAAAGUGCGGGACAUCAAAGAGACUGAGAUCAAACAUCUCCGCAAACUCAAGCACCCCAACAUUAUUACUUUCAAGGGUGUGUGUACCCAGGCUCCUUGUUACUGUAUCUUGAUGGAAUAUUGUGCCCAAGGGCAGCUGUAUGAGGUGCUGAGGGCAGGCCGUAAAAUCACACCUUCUCUCCUGGUUGACUGGUCCAUGGGCAUUGCAGGCGGCAUGAACUACCUACACCUCCACAAAAUCAUCCACAGAGACCUCAAGUCCCCCAACAUGUUGAUCACACAUGAUGACAUGGUGAAGAUCUCUGACUUUGGCACCUCAAAGGAGCUAAGUGACAAGAGCACCAAGAUGUCAUUUGCUGGCACUGUAGCCUGGAUGGCACCUGAAGUUAUUCGGAAUGAGCCAGUGUCAGAAAAGGUGGACAUUUGGUCUUUUGGAGUGGUGCUCUGGGAGAUGCUUACAGGAGAGAUCCCUUAUAAAGAUGUCGACUCAUCUGCAAUCAUCUGGGGUGUGGGAAACAACAGCCUUCAGCUGCCCAUACCGGAGAGUUGCCCAGAUGGCUUCAAGAUUCUCCUCAGACAGUGCUGGAACUGUAAGCCCAGAAAUAGACCUUCUUUCCGCCAAAUCCUCCUUCAUCUGGAUAUAGCGUCAGCUGAUGUACUGUCAACUCCUCAAGAAACGUACUUCAAGUCUCAGGCUGAAUGGAGGGAAGAGGUGAAGCAGCACUUUGAGAAGAUUAAAUCUGAUGGCACUUGUCUCCACCGACUCGAUGAGGAACUGAUCAACCGACGCAGAGAGGAGCUCAGGCAUGCUUUGGACAUUCGUGAGCAUUAUGAAAGAAAACUGGAGAGGGCUAACAACCUUUACAUGGAGCUCAGCGCUGUCAUGCUGCAGCUGGAGCUGAAAGAGAAAGAGUUGCAGAGGAGAGAACAGUCUUUGGAUAAGAAGUAUCCAGGUUUGUUCAAGCACCAUAGCUCCAGACAGAGCAGCUCCUCAAACUCCAUGGAUAAGCUCAUCAAGAAGAGAAAUGUCCCACAAAAACUUCCCUCGGGAAAGAGGCCAGACAUUCUUAAGUCUGAGGUAAUCAUUCCCAAAAUGGACUCUUCCGUAAUGCAAGUCACUAUUCCAGCCUGCCCUAACAGGAGCUCCACUUCUCCCAGCCGGUCUCGGAGGGUAAAGACCCGCCAUCGUAAGGCCGGUAAGGGCAGCAGUGGGGACCUGGCUGGACUUAAAGCCAAUCAAUCCUCCCCUAACAGGGACACAACUGCCCAAGUUAACAGUUCUACCACUAACACCUCCAAGCAGCUCCUGGAGCCUUCUGCAGCCCUGCGGGGUCUCAGUCACGAGCAGCAGCAGAGGCAGCUAUCCUCCUCCAGUCCUGACCUCAUCUGCACCACGCUAGAGGCAGACAGCCAGGGAAAAGGGGACCCCUCUGUGGGUGGGCUGGAGAGAGGGGGGAGCCUUAGUGCCUCUGCUGGUUUAGGGGGGUCAGAGGGAGGGGCAGCCGGUCUGGAUGAUCUCACAGAAACCCCCCCACGCAGUGACACUCCCAGCGAGGAUGCUGCAUCGUUCCCGUUCUCCAGCAGCCCAGACUCACCGUGUGGGAGGGGUGCGGCAGCAGGACGAGGAUCUCUGGGAUCUCCACGCCUUCCUCAUGAUGGGGAAGAUAAAGAGGAGGGUGCAGGUGCUGUGAGGCUGCCCCGGGGAGCAUCAGGUGGAAUUGGGAGUCAGCACCUCACACCUUCAGCCAUUCUGUACAGGGCAGCUAUCACACGCAAACAGAGGCGUGGAGUGUCAUCAGAAGAGGAGGAGGGUGAAGUUGACAGUGAGGUUGAGUUACCACGGAGACGACGCCCGACCAGCAUUACCAAGUGCCAGUCAGUGUCAACAUUCAGUUCAGAAAAUCUGUCUGUAUCGGAUGGUGAGGAGGGCCACACAACAGACCACUCUCAUAGCGGUACUCCCGAUGUCGUCAGCACUAACACCGAUGACAGGUUGGAUGACCGCAGCGACGACCUCCUCUCUCAGGGGUCGGAGAUCCCCGCGGACAACACCGAUCCUGCCCAGGCUUCCGAUGGCCUGUCUGAGAGAGACGGCGCUCUGGGCCAGGGCAAAGCUCAGCUGGAUGCCGGGCAGAAUCCUAAUGAGAGUCGAGCCUUGUGUGAUGAUUCUGACUGCGACAGCGCUGAGCUGGAUCAGUCAGGUAGUGGCGAGCUCAGCCGUCCUCCCAGUGCUGGAGCAUGGGCGCCGCCAUCUCAACCCUAUCAGGGGUCUCCACAGGCUCCCCAUACGGGACCUCCAUAGAUCACUGGACACUAGGAAAGAUCCAGCUACUCUACAGUGAGCAACCAUCACAGGCGUACACCGGUCUGUCAGUGCAGUACAUUACUGUUGUCAUGAGGGAUCACACCUACUACACCACUCAGACUAUGACAAGUUGACUUAUGGUGUCUCAUAAGUUUGUUGGCUGGCAAACCUGCACCAGAUGACAUAGGACAUUUGUCAUAACCUGACAUCAGAUAUUUUGGCAGCUUGUGACAUCAGAUAAAUGUCAUUUCCGUUCAGUAGGGUUUGUUUGGUUUUUUUUUUAGGCAGGAUAAUUCCAGUUUGCAAAAACCCUUCCACAGAUGCACACGCACGCACAAGAAGAUACCACACUCUUAGUCCUUUAAACACUCUAACCUUCACUCUGGGAGCAUCCUCCAUGAUACUCCACACACUAAUGCAUCAAAUACUAAUGAUUAAUAAAUGUAAAUAUUCAUGGCAUACCACAUGAGAAAUAUCUAACUUUAUUUUAUUUGUAAGAUAAAAGUGUAAGACUUAACAGUAUGCAGCCCUGUGAACAAAUGCAUGACUACAUGUUUAUAAUUUAUGGUUCGAAUGUGUCCGUUUUAUAUUUUGUGAAAGUUUACACUUUUUUAAUCCUGAAAGUAUUAAUUGAGUUUUUUUUUUCUUUUUGUUAAUAAAUGUCAUCACUAAAGAAAAAAAAAAGAGACAAAAAUGGAAUGAAAAUCUCACAUUGAUCAUGAUGCAUAAUUUGGGUUCUCAGUAGCUAAAAUUUUAUUUUUUUUAAGCCCUCCUACUACUGAGUUUCACAUACACAUAUGACACACUUGAGGUUUUUAUAGAGUUUAUAAAAAAUUUUUGAUAGGAUGGGAGGUCUUUUGGUUCACUCGAAAUGCACCUCUGCUAUUGUGUGUGUACACUCAUUUAACCAGCUUAUUGAGUACAUCAAGCUAAAAAUACUUUGUGUCUUUUUUGUUGAAACUGUUUUAAAAAGUUGUGGAUUCAAGUGGAAUAUCAUUGUGGAGAAUGUAAUUCGUUUGUGGUGACGGGAAACUUUAUUUCAUUAGGCAGAGAGGUGUUCCUAUUAUUUAGACAACUCUUGUUGAUAUAUCCAGGGUGCAUAAAAUUAUACAGAAGCAUUUUGGAGGUACUGUCACCACAAACUGACACAAACAGUUGAAACAGAACCUCUCUAAAACAGUUUUAACACAAACUCAACAUUCUAACCUCUGGUAAAGUAGCAUUUAUUGCAGGACUGUUGCAUGUGUUUUAGCUAGAUGGUUCUAAUAAACUGGCAACCCAUUAUUGCUUUCCCAGUUUAUGGAAUUACUGACUGUGGCUUUUAAAAUGUUGUUGCUUUUAAUAAUUUCAGCCACAAAGUGCAGAAGAAAUCCACUGUUUUAACACCAAACAGUUGCACAAUGAACAGAGCCAGACCAGAUUUAAAAUGUAAUUAGAACAGACGCAGAAGCAGGGAUAUCUCAUUUUCUAUUUCUACUUCUCAGUUGUUAAAGACUGGCACUUAUAUUCCACCCUUGGCAACGUGACAGUUGCUCAGAGAGCUGGGUGUUCUUGUUAGCUGUAUUAGCAGCUAAUACCUUGGAAUGAAUUCCUGGCCUUCUGCAGCGAUUUAGGAGCAUGAGCCCCCUACUCCAUCCACCUACCACUCCAACCACAACAUGACGUGCCCAGUUGAUCGAGAGCUAGAACGACUACAAGUAGUUUGCUUCAACCUUGUAACACCUAAUACUGACUAAAAGCAUCCUUUUUAAGUGCAGGAUUCUGAGUUCAGGUUAUAUUGAAUGAAUCUUAACUAUGUGCAGGCAAGCGUGGAAAAACCUCCCAACCUUUGACCUAAUGUUGAGUCAUAACGAGUUUGAUUUAAGCCUACUGGUGUGUCCACAUGGUUAAGCAAUAGGGAUGGGAAUGGCAGAGUAAAUCACGAUAUGAUACUAUCAUGAUAACAGUUGUAUUGUGAUACAUGGAUUCUGCAAUACUUUAUACAUUGCAAGACAAUCAUCUGUAAUACAUGACCAUAUCUGUGGAAAUCAGAAAGGACUAAAGAAAAAAUAUCCUUACAAACAGGAAUCAUUUAUUCACUUGGUUUUAGCCUUUACAUAAACAUUAUUACUUUAAUAAUAAGUACUUUAAGUCUUAUUUUCUCCUCCUAAAUUCCAUCACAUACAAUUUUGUUGGUGCAUAUACGUAGUAACAUCUUCCAAAUCAAUUCAUGUUUGUUUUGUAUUCUUUCAUUAGGCAUAGUUUGCACAACAUUGCACUGCACUCCAUGGGGGUUUGGUGCACAAGAGAUUAUAUUAUGCAUAGAUAUAAAGGAAAAUACAUAAAUAAUACUUAUUACAUCAAAAAUGCAAUAUUUGUGUUUAAAAUAAUGAUUGUUUAUAUUAGUGACCCUUACAUAUACAGUACCAGCCAAAAGUUUGGACACACUGGCACUGUAUGUGAUUUUACUUCCUUAAAAGGGAGCCCCCCCCCCCACCUAACUCAAACCCAGGAUAUAGUGCAUCUCUAACUUGUUGCAAGAAAAAGCAAUAUGAUUUUCCCAUUUUAUAUGAAUGCAGUAGAAAACUGAAAAGUGGCAACGCUCAUCCACUAAACCUAAAUGGACACUGAUUUGUAAAAUCAGUGGAGUACCAUCCAGUAAUGAACCAAAAGGCCUCUGGUUGUUCGGGAUGUUGGCAGGCUUCAUAAAAACCUCAUCUGUUCCUUUUACCCUUUAAGAUUACUGCAGAAGUACCUAGAUAAAGAUAGAGCACUUCUCUGUGAUGGUUACUAGUAGAACAGUAAGUAUCCUUUGGGUUUGAAUAGAAAUGUUUUGUUUUUAUACAGCAUUGCACAUUGUACCUGUAACAUAGGAAUUAUAUUGAAAGCAAAAUAUUAUGAGCAACAAUAAAUAAUGUAUUGGUUACAAAA